CGGUAUCUAUAUAAAUACAAAACAGUUAUUAUGAAACUAUUCACUACUGAAUAGGGUUUAAGUACAUGUUGUUGAGUUACGGUUACAUGUUGCACUUUCAAUUGCGUCAACAAUUUUAUUAUGAGGAACUGCGUCCCAGGCAGGUCUAUUCAUUUGUCGAGAUUUGAAGUGAACUUGAAAGAGAAUGAGGUUAUUAAGCGACAAUUAAUUCAACUUUAUAUAGAAAGAAAUCAAGAAAUUGAGGCAGGAAGUGAACGAUAUGCAAUUCAGAUCUAAUGAGUUGCUAUCCGAAAACAACCAAUUUUCUUCUAAUGAAAAUUUCAAUAUCAUUAAAAACCUUGAGCAACAAGUAGAUUCCUUAAAGGAAGAACUAAAAUAUGAAACAGUUCUUCGUUCAAGGAUUGAAGAAGAGUUGAGUUGUGCCUUAAGUGAGCUGAGGUUUUAUCGGACAUCCACAGUAGCUGAUAUUGCUCACCAAGAAAAGAGUGAGAUUGAGUCUCGGUGUGAAAACUUUACAAUCAACUUUUUGAAUGAAAUGAGAGCACAAAUAUAUUCAAAUUUAUCAUCGUUCACCGAACAAAACAUACCGCAGUUGAAUUCAGAGAAAGUACGCUACAAUGAACUGAUUGGUUUUGGAAAGUUACGAGAGACAGCUAAUGAAUUCAAAAGAGAAUUAAUUGAGAUUUGUAGACGUGGGGAAAGUGCCAUUAAAUCACUUGGUGAAUUACGACACAAGUAUUCUAUACUUCAAAAACAAUACAAUGGAUCCAAUCAACUAACUGAGGAUGCGCUACAUAAGGUUGCAGAAUUAAUAUCUUUAAGUCAAACAUUAACUAACGAGCGUGAUGAUGCAAUACAAAGUAGAGAAAAUGCAGAAAAUGAACUUUCGCAACUCCAACUUGUCAUUGAUAAAUUAACUGAAGAAUCUGGUCAACGUACAAGGGAAGAAAUAGAUAAAAUAGAAAAGAAAGCUAAUGAAAAUAUUGAAAAUUUACUAAGUGAACUGCACCAUAUUGAGAAGGAACGUUGUCAAUUGGCCAUUCAAUUAGAAUUUCAUAAAACAAACAAUCUUGGUCAUCAUAUCAAUGAUAUAAAUAGUGAAUGUAAAUCUGCUCUUAAUGCAAAUACUGCUCCAGGAGAUUUGAAACCGGAUUGUCAGUUGGAUACUUUUAAAAAACGUGCUAUACACGCUGAGAGUUUAUGCGAUGAAUUGAAGUUAAGAUUGGAAACUGAAUGUAACAACAAAGAAAAAUUAGUUGCAUCUAAACGAAUGGAAAUUGAACAAUUAAAUGAAAAGAACAAAUUUCUUGCGGAACGUUUUGAAUAUACUGAAUUACAACGGCAAAAAAAAGAAAACCAUUAUAAUAAACAAAGUGAAGUUUUGUUCAAUUCUGAACUUCAAUUGAAUAGUCUUAAACAACAGUUAGAAGCUGUGCAAAAAAGUGCACAAGUUCAAAUAACGUCAAUAAAACAGUCAAUGAAAAUGCAAGAAGUUGAGUAUAAAUUAAAGAUCGAAACACUUGAGAAAGUAAACAAAUUAACAGAUGAAAAUUGGCGUAAUCUGUUAAAUAAGCAACAAAUAUUAACGUCACAAUGGAGAAAGGAAGCAGAAGAACUAGCUAACCAACUUGAAGAACAAACCAGUGCAUUUAAAACGGAAAUAGAAAAAUAUCGGCGUAAAUGACAAAUACCUACCAACAACAUGAUGACGUAAGUAGAACGAUCCACGAAAUUUUUAUAUGGCUCCAUUAAAUCAUGAUUGUAAAAAAUUGAGAACUGUUUAAAUGUAAUAACGUGUCUCUGACCAUUAAUUAUGUUACCCGUAGUUAAAACGUGCAUAACUUUCAAAUUAUUGGAGUUAAUCAAACACUCAAACGUAAGUCAGCCUAAAGAAUCCAGUGAAUUUAUAGAUUAUAGCUAGAAACGCAAAAAGACAUCAGGAUACGUCAUAGUCUCUGAAAAUAAGGUUAGCUACGGAGGAUGGAAUGGGUUACUAAGCCUUUGUUUAAUAAGUUAGCAUCCAGAAUAUGCAAAAUGACUAAUUUGUUCGUCCCACCAAUCAAAAGUAUCCCAUAUCAUUUAAAACAAAAAUAAAGUGAUGUUUAAAGGAAGAGAAAUGAAAGCCAGGGGUUGUUUGAUUACUUUGAUAUCAAACAGUUGCACACUACUUAUUAAUAAGCGAUAUUUCCUCAGGUUUUUUCCUCGGCAAUACUCAACUUUUUUUAAAUCACCACGACGGAUCAGUUUACCUAAUAUAGUGGUCAAUUCGAUUUAUAUUUUUAAUUGUAAAGUAGAUUUUAAAUCGUCUUUUUCACAGACUAAGAACCUGUAUUUCGGUAACCGUAAACCAAGCUCACAGUUGUCAGUACUUGUAAACUAUUUAUUUCUGUUGUAUUCAUUAGUUAUGAUUUUUCAUCAAAGUUAAUUUUCACAUGCUUUACAUUCCCGCUGAAGAAUAGGGACAAUAGAAUUAUAUUGGUAACGUACGUUUGAAGCGACCUAACUAUUCUGUCAACUUCACAGUUAAGCAUUUUGUAUUAAUAAACAACUAUGAUGAGAAAUAUUGUGACUCAUUAAGUUAUAGUACUGAUAGACUCAGUGUGAAUGUAAAUGCUUUUGAAAAAGUAGCCAAUCAGUGCUCUUAUCACAGGUUGAUAUCAACUAAAGGAUCUAUGAAUGAUUCCCCACACCCAAGGCCAAAUAAGUAGCCUUCAAACCUUUGAAACGCAUAUGAUACCAAAUAGCUACCAAAUCAAAAUCCGAUCGUUAGAACUUCCCAACUUGACUUAAUUCCUACCGCUACUUAACCACAAGACCACAGUGAAGGGUGACUUAGCAUUUGAUCAUGAAUGCUGUUAGAGGUAUGAGGGCAGU